AAGUUAUGAAAAGCUAAUAUUGAACAGAACUGGUCACCAUUACUGCAAGUUCAGCUUUACUUUUGUUUAGAUUGCCUUGUUAGAAUAUUUUUUUGUUUACUUCAGUAUCAGCUUUCACCUGUUAUUGUCUCAUCUUAGAAGGAUGAAUUAGCAGAAAUGAAUAGAAUCAGAGGGUUUUUUUUAAUUUUUAACAAGAUAUAGUUAUGUGCUAACAGUUAUAAAGGAUGGGCCUUCUCAUAGGAUAUAUUAAAAUUGUUAAUAUUUAAAUGGACCCUGCAUGUCUUGUAAACAGUUGCUGUAAGAUCAUGGCAUUAAAAUUAACCACUGUACUAAGCGCGGUUUUGAGGUGACUGCAUAAGUACAUACUUAACAGUGAAGAGUAGGAAAGUUUAUAUAGUUGCUCUCAUGUUGAAGGAAUAAAUUGGUUUCUAUUAUAGCUUUCUUAGUAAUAACGUCUGUCCCUCUCCUAAUUCACUGUCUGUCCAGAGUGCAGAGAUACCUCGUCAAAUACGUUAAAAUAUAUGGUCAGAGUGAUGGGCUAUUUUACACGUGUCCAACCCUGGCAAUUUUGACAGACUUACAAGGGGGCAGAAGGAAAGUAGAAUGUGGCCUGAUGUGCAUAAUUUAAUUUUAUUUAUUUAAAGAAAAGGACAGAGAAAAGAGGUCUGAACUAGUAUAAAACCAAAAACUGAGAAAGAUAAAAUAAAUGAAUGUAGACAACUGUGGCUAUAACACACAGAACAGUAACUCAAAACUCCAAAGUAAAAUAGCUCAAAUCAGCUUUGAGAAGUCAAGUGGGAAUCAGGAAAGUAAAACCUAGAAUUGCCAUCAAAUGCAAUUAAGAAAUAACUAUGUAAAGGAACUUGGAAAAAUGCAAAAAGUGUCUGUUCCAGUACACUGAAUUGCUAUAAUCUUCUUUUGCACUUAAUGUGCUAAAUUCCUCUCUCAAAGGAGAAUAUCCCUAGAAAUCAGAUUAGAAAGUGUUUAAAGGGAAUUAUUUGUCAAAGUUGUGUUUUUACUAAAAUUAGGAUAACUAAUAAUCUCUUCCGUAUUCUUGUGAAUAAUACUUUAUUUGAUAUCACUUAAACAUGCAGAUUGCACAUAGACUUACUUAUGUAUUGUACAGGUAAUUUACCUGGUAGCCUGACACUGCGUAUCACUAACUUUCACCCUAAAAGCUUUUCUUUAUGGUUGUGGGUCACAUUACACUUUGGAGACUGCCAAAUCUGAAGUAUUUCUCAUUAAAUAAGAUGUAGACUGUGAAUUGCCAAGUAAUCAAAAAUCAAGGACAAUGUCAGAAAGCUUAUCUUCCCUCUUCAUUUAUUGAGUAUGUAUUUGUAUACUACAGGGCAUCAGAUUUACUAGAGCAUGAGUUCCCUAAAAAGCCCUGCAAAUCAUCUGAUUCUAAAAUAAUGAGAUCUCAUUGCACUAAAUGUUUGAACAGCAGAAAGUCCCUGUGUAUGCAAAUCAGAUUUUACUGUCCCAAGUGCUUGUCACUUCUAAUAAAACUGUUUAUUGUGUGGUAUAUGUAUUUGUCAUGAAUGUUACAUUUAUAUGUAAUAUAGGUAUACACACAUGCACACAUUUUAAGGAAACAUAUGGCUGGUCAGGGAGAAUGUCAUGUCUUUUGAAUCAGUUGUGAUAUAGGAAUUUUUUUUUUUAAGAGAGACCUUUUUGAAGAAAAGGCAGAAGGAGAGAUUCUGGCAGCUUACUAUUAAAUUUUAAUCAAGCCUGUAUAGUUAGUAAUAAAAGAUUUACAAGUUUGUAAAUGUAAAGUUUCUUCAAACUCUUACUGUCACGUGUGGAAUUUUCAUUUAUACUAAUUGUGCAUUUACUACAGCUGCCUAUAUGCAAGGCUUAAUAAGACUGUAUUUAAUAUGUGGAAGUAUAGAUACGAUAUAAAUAUGUAAAAAUACAAGUUGCCUACAGCUGCUCUUAUGUUUUCAUCAGAUGAUACACUACAAAGGCAUAAAUUUAUGGUGUUAGCUACCUGUUAUCAGUUUCUGGUGCUCUUCCACUCACAAGUACUUUAGGAAGAGUGAGUAUUAAACUAAAAUAAGACAAAUGUAAAAUCCUGUUAGGAUUUAGUGCUCUGUUUAAAAGCUAAACGUAGACAUUGUUCAAGCUUAUUUUGUUCACUGGAAGUUAUCGUGGUCAAUACGCACAUAAUUUGUUUCAUCUAGGACACUAGGAAACUGUGAACCACGUAGCUUAGAGAAGAGCUUAGACAUAGCUGAUCAGAAUAAAUGCCAGUUCAUUUGAAUCUGUAGGGGUUUUUUCCUCUGUGACUUGACAGUUUUCUUUAAUUCUUUCGAAUGGAAUUGUGUUUAGACUAAACCACUUCUAAUUAUACCCCAGCACAAACAUAUAGCUUAUGGCUAUAUUUUAAUCAGUUUCAGAAAAAGUAAUAAAAAUAUUAUUGCAUCUGUCAAAGGAUGGUGUUGCUACAUGCUAUUUUAAAUGGUGUUUAAGUAGAGUUAUAAGCAUACCAGUACAAUGAAAUCAGCUCUAUUCCUAAACAACCAAGUUACAUUAUUUGUUACUUAAAAAGUUACCAAGAAUCAUAAUAUGUUAAUUAUCCUAAUUAUUCAGGCUGUUUUUAAUAUGUGUUGAAAUGGCUUUAAAAAGUAUAUAUGAAAUAUUUAUAUCAAACUCGUUUAAUUUCUCAUUACUUGUAAAAUGUAAUGUUUUCCCAGUUGUAAUUUUAAAGGCUUUUUGUCUUAGCUGCACAAGUGUAUCCUUUUCUUUUGGAUACACUCUUUUCUGAACCCAGCAGUUCUUUCACUUAUUUAAAACUCUUUGUUCCCUUAGAAUAAAUUUGUGUCCCGUUAAGUGUUGACAUUGAUAAUUUUUGUUCUCAGAAAUUGUGCUGAGGAGAACUGUGGAAUUAACUUGUGCUGAUGAUGCUACAAAUAUAAAAAUUGGGUGUAGAGUAAAACAGGAUACUUAAUCAUAGUGGUAUUUGGAUGAUGGGAAUAGUCCCAAACUGGAUGAAUGUUAAACUAGCCUAUGAGGAAAAGAUGUCAGGUUUUGCAGCCUUGCAGCAUUAAUCAAAAAUGUGGUAUCACUAUUUCUCACAAGAAAUACUCAGAGUUGUACCAUCAAUUGCUGUAGAAGGCAAACAGAAAUAUAGAUUACACUUUCUGAAAUUACAAACUAUGAAAUAAGCUUCUUGGGGAAAAAAUGGGUUUAGAGGUCUCCCUUGUAGUAUAAUACUAUUUUACUUUUGAAAACUUGACCACUUCAGAGUAUUUGAGAACAAGUAAGUUAAGUCCAUCUUGAGUAAUACAUUUUGGUUUUUAGUACAGUUUUUAUCUAUGCAUCAUGUCAAACAAACUUUUUACUCUUCAUGAUCCUUAAAUAUUUAUACUGAAAGGAAAGUGCAUUUAAGCAGUCUUUAAUUGCAUUGAUUACUCGAUCAUUUGAUUGGAGUAGAAAGGUGCUUUAGUUUAGGGAGGUUGAAUAUGUAUUAUUAUUUUCUAUUUUUCUGUAGUUUGCCUAAUAAAAAUACUCAACAUAAAAGGAGACCGAAUCCUUUUUCAAGCCUUGAGUGAAAAGGGAGGUGUGGUCAGGAAGGGUCUCUGAUGGCUUAAAUCACUGCCCCUCAGUCUUUCAAAAUAUUUAAAUCCUAUGAAUUUGUGAUUUCAGUCACACAGUAAUGUUGCAACCUCAAAACUGAUAAUAUAUUCAGUUAUCUUGAGAUGAACUCCACAAUUCUUCAUUAGGCAGAUUGAAUUCCCUAAAGGUUUUGUCUGAAUAAGUACUUGAGUAUUGGGCUGUUUGUUCCAGUUUUCAUCAGGAAUGAAGCCAUAGAAAGCCUCUCAACUCUGAGCAAACCCUCAAAAACUUCAUGGAUGCCCUAAACUUCCCCUGUUUCUGUCAUAGUCUUAGCUGUUGAAUUGUGGUUGAAAGUCAAAUAAUCCUUUCUGCUAAGCAUCUGACUUUCAUCAUAAAGAAGGUAGUUUGAUAUUUGGUGGUAGUUUUAGCACAAAGGUUUUAUGUAGGUAGUGAAACCAAAAAGCUUAAAGGCCGGCAGAAAUUUGCUGUCAAGUUGCAAGUGCUCUGUAACUGUUAGGUGAAGUAGUACUUAAAUUGCAUUUGUUUCAUUGAGGUAGUAAGACUCGUAGUUUGAAGAAGAUAGAGCUUAACUGAUUUGUUAAUUCUUCCUUCCCAAAUAUAUGUAAAAAUUUGCCACCAUUUUUGCUGCUGACGGUGCUCUGAAGAUUAUCCAUACAUAAAUAUAUAUAUUUCCAAACUUCUUGUAACUUAGGCCUUUGUGGGAAGGUUAAGAGGUCUAGUGGAUGGAAAUAAUAAUGUAUUUGUAUCCCUCUUACAAACGAACUGUUAACUUAGCAACUUUGUAAAUUCACAAUGUGAUUUUUGUGUUUGGGGGUACAUCUGAGACUGUAGAUAGUUAAAAAUACAUAAACACCCACCCCACCACGCCACCCCACCCCCGCAUGGCAGAUCUCAGGCCUUAAGAGCAAAUAUUCUAUCUUUUUGCUUUGGGUAUUUAUGGACUGGUUAUGUGGAGAUAAAAGUUGUUUGUUUUUUUUUCCCCCUCCACCUGUUGCAUUCAUCAGUUGUUUCAGAAGUCUGUUUCUUGAUAUUUUGUGAGUAUGUUGCAGUGGCUGGCGAGGUUAUUAAAUGGCCUGAAUUACAGAAUUUGUAGAUGGAGGAGGGAGACCUUUUUUUUUUUUUCCCCCCUGUCUAAUCUUGACCAGAUUAUUUGAAAAUUUCCUUGGCCUCUUCAACAGUGCUUUGCUAUAAAUCAAAACAAAUUAAAUUGAACAAACAGUCAAUAAAAAUGCAUGUCCUAGGUUCUUCUGGCAAAGCUUAUUAAAACCCAGUUGGAUGCUCACAAUGCUUCUUCACUGUGACCUCAAAGAUAUUCAGCCUCUGCUUUGUGCUUUCCAAAUAUCAUCAUUUCCAUCUAUCAAAGUCUAGGUAGGUCAUUAGUAAAUGUACAGUAGUAACUGUAUAGUCUGUACUGCUAACAUUUUAAGCCUGUCUCAGAAUAAGAGAUCUGUGUUAAAGUUGAAAUGCUUCUCAGGCAGUGAGUGGUAUUUCCCCAUCUUUUUUUUUUUUUUAUUAUUGUAACAUCCAUUUGAGAUUGUUUCAGAUGUCACUCAUGAAAAGGAGUGAUCUUUCAGGUCGUCAAGAAUCAAGCUGUUUCAGGGGUUUAUAGGUUAAAACCAGUAACUUUUUUAGCAUCAUUCGGAAACUGGUGGUCAUUGAGGGUACAUCGUGGAACAGUAGAGUCAUGUGCUUCUCAGCAGGGGAUGCUGCUUAAUGAUGGAACUGCAAUGUCCUGAAUGUGGAAGGAGCAGACCUGCAGUGAAGGAUCGGUCCGUUUCUACAGUGUGAACAGGGAACUGCUUUACUCUGGCUUUUACAGAUAAAUUGAUUAUUUGGAAUAAGAUCCUUCCUUCACUCACUGACAUUUUCAUUUUUUCCUGCAGUAUCAGAAAUGGACACUUCAGGAUGAUUUUUACAAGUCUGUCAACUUGAAAGGGCAAUUGAUGUAACCUCAUAUGAAGUUAGAGUGUUUGAAAAGGACAAAAAUCCUUUUACUAAAGAUCUUGGAAAAAAUAUUUAACUGUCUGAAAGCAAAGAAAAAUAACUACGAUACUACUCUGAUGAUAUUUUUCAAGCAAGUAAAUAACACUUAGAUGUCAUGGGAGAUUCAUUUAGCUAUAGCCUGGAUCCCUCAGUAAGGGAAUGUGUUUUGUAGUAAUAUAUUUAUGAAAAUAAUACAUAAUGUAAAUUUAGAAGAAUGUAGUUUUCAGUAACAAAACCAUCAGAACUUGAUCAAAGCAAACCCAAAAUUAGCUUGUGUCCACAUACAUCCGUAACUCUUUUAUUGAGGUAAAAUGUUGGGUACCUAGACAUGCAUAGCUAUUCAGAACUCUGCCAUGAUUAUUUCUAGGAGCUGUACAAACACAAAACUCUUCUAUUGUAUUCAGUUAGUGCAUGAUAAAGUGCUUUCUAAGGUUAGUGAGUUUGUUGGUUUUGUGGGUUUGAAUUCAGAAUUAAAAGUGAUACAUAGAAAAGUGAUAUGUUAGUGGCUUAGUAGCACACAGUAUUUUAGUCCAGUGUUGGAAAUGUAUAUUAUAAAACCUAAAUAUAAACGUUAUAUGGCUUUGGAGUUCACCUUCUAGUAACAUUGAUUGUACCUAGGAAAACAAGUGUUUUGUUUUGUCAGAAUUACUAUUUCCCUCUGGUGUAUUUGCCUUUAAUUAAAUUGUGCUCCGUGAUUUUUUUUCUUGUUAUUUGCGCAGUAUUGUGCUCAUGCUUUUUCCUCCAAGCAAAUACAAAUAGCAUUGUACUCCUGCUGUGAUUAUUAUGCAUAACAUCUCUGACACAGCACAUCAAAAGUUAUGUUUAUUGGAAAACAGAAUUAACAUUUUAUACUUUUUUUUAAGACCACUUAAAAAUAGCUGUGUUAAAAGAGAUUAUGUUUUUAACAUGCUAAUCCACUAAGCCAUCAUACAUCAUUCUGUAGGCAAUGUUUUUAUUCCAGGCAGCUACCUCUUACUAGAGUCCAUGUGAAAGGUUUCAGGUUAUCACAGAAAUAUACCCAUAAACUUGAACUCUUAAGGAGAGAGCCUUCUUUAAUAGAAAGCAUAAUACAUGCAUUAUCAAAUUGCAGCCUUUUUUCCAAGAAUUGUUUUAUAUGUCAGCAUGGUUUGGCCUGCUUUAAGGCAUUCUGGUUAUUCGGACAAAUUGUUGAUUUAAAAUGGCAUAUGCAAAAACCUUUUCUUGGGGCGGGGGGGGUGUACAGCAAUUCCUAAUUUUGAUGUGGAAUAUUAUAUUGUGAUAGCCAAAUACCUGAAUAGGGUAAUGUACUGAUUAUGGAGAAGAUAGAGUAAAGGAGGAUGAGAAUUUAUGCCAGCUGGAUUGGGGACUCUGAGAUUCAUCUGGAUUAGUAGUUUCAGUUGCCAGUCUUGCCCCAUGUUCCUCUGUCACCUUGUUUUCUGAAGUUGUAUUGUCCUCAUUCAGUUAUUGUAACUGUAUACUGUUGCUGUGUAAAGAGUCACACAAACAUGGGAAACAGCAAUACUGACUUGGCAGAAAAUUCUGUAAAGUGUGAAAAAUACAACAGAAAAAUACAGUUCUGCUUUAUCUUUUGACUUCAGAAAUCUUAGAUGUUACUUGUAAGAACAGUAGAUAUAUGUGUGUGUAUGUUAGCUGAAAUUUGACUGUAGGUUGACUGCCACUGUGCACAUCAGUGACUAGAAUUUUUAGGUAUUAAAUACCAGUACAAGGAAUUUGCUUGUACUUAGCUGAAUUACAGUGCAAAGUUUGCUGAAACAGGUUAGAAAUAACCAUUUUCAUUUAUUUUUACAAAUGCUAAUAUAGAAUGGUACAACAUGGGUGAAAAGUUUAGUUAGCUGUACUACUUGAUACUCUAUUGUGGCUAGUUAUGGAGCUCUAUUUAAUGUUAUCUGACAGAUGAGAGUGUUUAAGUCGAAAGAGUGCUGCUGCUCAACUGGUGAGCUGGGACAUUGCCUACUGUGAUUUCCUACUGGCAAGAAGUCUCUAAAGACCAUUUUAAGGCAAGCUUGGCUGUACUUGAAACUAAUAGAGUUAGGUAAGGUUUGACAUGCUGCUUUCUUCUUUAGGCACACUAAAACACCUUUUGCAAUUUGGGCCAAUGUAUUUUUGAACUGGAGAAGUGCGUUUCAUAUCAUUUGAAAGACUCCUCGGUUUUGGUGGCAUUAGCCCUGUACCUUGAAGUAUGUUUUUGUUACGCCGGUAGUCUAUGAACACAUAUGACCAGAGCCUAAUACAUUGUGUUGUUGAUCACUACCAUAUACAACCGUCUGCAAAGAAUAGUGCCAUAAUGAGGUGCAGGGAGAAUAUGGGAAAGACGACAGUAUGUGAUACAGGGUAAAAUGAAACAUCACAGGGCCUACACUGAGGAUGCAGUGACAGUCCAAAGAAGAUUAUCCUCACAGUGUUUUGCUGUAAAGCUGUGGGCUGUCUGUAUGUGAUAGCACUUCCUACGUAGUGCCUAUAGAUUAUGUUAAUCAAUAAAGUAUUUUCAACAAGGAGUUUUAUGUAUCGGUAGACCAAAGUGCUGCAUGGAACUAACUGUGCCAGUCUUUACGUGAAUUGUUUUUAAUAGUCUGUUGAAUAAGGUGGUGUUCCAGUCACAGUUUAAAAUCCUGAUAAGGAAGGAAUUGUAAAGUGUUUUGUUCCAAAGCUGUAUACCAAAUCAUCCUGGCAGAUAGUGUUCUUCAUUCUUCCAGGGCUAGAUUUUCACUGAACAGUUAGAUGAAGUUACCUACAUUUGAACUGAUUCCUGGAGUUAUCCUAACUGGAGUGAAAACGGUAAUGCUGAAAACUGGUACAUAAAUCACUUUGUAGAGCUGGGCUGUUAACUGCAUUAGUAAAAAAUAUGUUCUUUGUCUCACUGGUUUAAACUUAAAAAAACCCAAAACCACAACAACAACAAAAAAACCACCUAGAAUGUUUUGUGUCUGACCAGGAUAGGGUAUUACUCAAUUUAUAUGUAUGGCCAGUGCAGAAAUGGAGAAUGUCUCUAAAUUCAGCAAGUGGUGUGUGUUGCUCUAAAGGCAGCAAGUGACUCAUGUGACUGUCUUAGCAGCUGGGCAGCAAGAUUAGAGAGCUACUACGUACACAUUCCCUUACUGAGGGGUCCAAGCUAUUGCUAAAUGAAGUUGUAUUACUGCCAACAGCUGAAUAACGGGCAUAAGAAAAUAUAGUAAAUAAGUGUGUCAUCAGGUUAGUGCAGUAGUUAUUUCACACAGUUAAAGUGAAGAAAAAAAAAAACAACCAAACUUUUCCAAGAUUCAAUUUAAGAGAUUUUUGUCCUUUUCUCAAACACUCUUAACUUCAUAUGAGAUUACAUGUUAAUUGUCCCUUUCAAUUUGCAGAUUUGCAAAAGUCAUUUUGAAAUGGCUGUUUCUGACAGUGCAGGGGAAAAAAGAGAAUGCAAGUGAAGAAUCUUAUUCCAAAGAACUCAUUUAUUUGUAAAAGUACUAAAAAUAUGCUGGUAUAAUGAAGUAUUUUGAUUUGAACUGAAAUUGGCAAAGUGUAUACUUCUUGGUCACUUGCUAAUUUGAAGACUUAUUCAUGAUGUUAUUCAUCAUGUAUUUCCUAAUUGUAAGAAUUUGGGAAGUUUGUUCCAAAUUGUCUUUAAGUUUUCCUGGCAUGCCAGUAUGGAUUAGUGGAAUAUGUAUUUUUUUUUUUUGUUUGUUUCCCUAAUCUAAUGUGUUGAGUUUUUCUUUUAACUCAGAUACUUGCUUUUCUUAAAAAAGUUGCUAAACAUUUGUGAAUGCUUUCUCCUUUAUAUAGAUGUAUUUACAGUUGCACAUUGACAUUUCAACUAUUAUUUAUGGAUGUAAACUCAAAACUGUCACCCUGUCAAACACCUCUUUAGGACUAACCCUCAUAAGAACUCAUUUCAGUCUGGAGGACCAGAAGACAUAAGCUUGACUGUUGCAAUCGAGUAAAUUGAUACAGAAACCAAGAAGACAUGAAUAUGAAGCUCCUUAGUGCUAUUUAUAGUGUCAACUUUCAGACCAUAAUUAUGUUUUAAAGAUGAGAAUGUAUUUACUGAAGAGGAGCUUUUAUAUUUAAAAUGCCCAGACAGAUGAGAGGUCAAGCCCAUGAUAAAUUACUUAUAGUAAAAGAGGACCAGAAGAGUGUGUGUUCCUAGCCAUCAUCACUGCGUCCCGCUGCCCUCAGAAAGAUUAAACUGUUUGUUUGUUAUUCUGCUUUCAGGUUUUCUGGGUUUCUGCUUUCUCUCUUUGCCUGUCUAGUAAUGACUUGUUUCCCAUCUUGCUACUCUUUCAUGUUUAUUCCAAGUUUGUGCAGUUUUCCUCAACACUAGUUUUCAUUUAUAUCUCUAAGAAAAAAUGGAGAGCAUAAAAUAAGGUUGUCCAGAAUUGUCAGUGCAUCUGAAAACUAUCUUCUCAAGGUGGACCAUCAUUUUAAUAAUACUUCAAAACACCUUGUUGACCUGGCCCUUUUAUUUUUGCAUGUGUUUAGAUUUCUUCAUAAUCAAGUCUCUUACUGUUUAAUAUUUUGAAAUCUUUGAUUUAUAGGAAAUGUUCAGUUUGUUUUUUGCUUUGAUUCAUCCUCCUCUGAAUGUUUUGUUACUACUUUUUCUAAUGUACCAUUUUCCUGUACCAGAUUGCUUUUCUACUCUUCUUUCAUCAUUUUUCAGUCACAUAUUACUCAUCAGUUGCAAAAGAAAAAUGGCUGUGUUCUUAUUUCUGCACCGCUUAGUCUGAUGGUGCUCUGUGACAUAGGAGCUGUAAGAAACAGAGGGAUACUUGUGUAUUGAUAGGUAGCUUAUAGACAAAGCACUAACAGAUUGUGGCCAAGCGUAUACCUGUAAAAUAUGUCGAUCCUCCGACUGCUUGAAGGCUUCAGUGGAUUCUUUUGUGCUGUUCUUAACACAUUCUUUGAGAUGAGCCAUCAGAAAUGUCCAUCUGCCAACAGAGCUUUAGGUCCUGGAUCUUGCUGCCCUGUGCUAUGUGUGCCACACCAUCUUCUUGGGCUCUGACUUCUAACCCCCCCAGGGAAGAACUCUGCUGUAGUGCAGGUUGUCUUGAGCUGCUUCCUUUUCUUCUGCAACAUGUUCUGUUUAUUUAGAGCACCUUUUGCACAGCUGGAAGAAUUCUAUAAAAUAAACAACUGUCCUGAGAGGAUAUUUGUGUGAACCUGGACUUUGGCUUGUUUGUUUGUUCCUUUCAGAAUUACACCCAAGAUUUCUUAGCCACAAAUUUGUGCUGCUCCACUGAACCAAAGAGGGAAGUACCUUCCCAGGGAUUCUAAGGAGGAAAGCUCUUAAGCAACCCCUAGCCAAAAAUACAGUAUUUUCUUUAAUAAAUUUGAUUUCCAAAAGGCCAAGGAGAAACAGCCCAGCAAGAUCAGCCAAAAAUAUUUUGUGUUUGUGUGAGAUUGCCUCUUGCAAGCAGGCAUGGUUUAAGAAAGGAACAGGAAAGAUUGUUGCUUGAUAUAGUCCUUUUCCCCCUGUUCCUUAAUGGCAUUGCAUUCUUAGGAUGGGGAAUUAUCAUGGUGUUUGCUUCUUAGGACUGUUAGAAAAUCAUGGAUAUUUUGAAGGAAGUUGAGGUGCUGUUUCUGAUGCUAUGUCUGUCCUGGUGAGAGUUUCGCAGUGUUACUCUGGUAGUGUGUGCCACCUGCCCAAUAUGCUUUUCUUUGACAGGAAGACCUACAACUAAGAAGAAAAAAUGGCUUGGGGGAAGCUGGUAGCUGUUUUUUAAAAAGCUCAGCCUGUACUCUCUGGCAGCUUUUCUUAGGGCUAGAGUUGCAGUGUCACUGCUUUCCUUGCACCAGGGGAGGCCUGGCAAGUUGGCUGGAAGUUGUAAGUUGAUCAGAAGUGAAUCUCUAGCUCUUCAGUUUCAGAUGCGAUCCUGGUAUUUGGUUCUUCUAAGAAAUGACAAGCUUCCCAGUGACGAGAGAGAAUUUCAGUAGCUGUCUUUGGACAGAGAGAAAUCUUGGUUCUGAUAUCCUCUGAGAAAGCAAGCCUUCUGGGGCAGGCUGCAAAGUAAAGCACGGGAAGGAUCGGAGCCUAGAUAACUGAAGCGCUCUUCUCCAGUAACUAUAGAUACUGUGGUCUUUCACAGGAGAGCAGUAGACAGGAAGAAUGUUUGUUUCUAAGCACUGAUGACCGCGUAAGAAUAAAUAGAACUAAAGGAGGCUUUCGGAGUUGUGUUGCUUUGUUCAUGUCUUAAAAAAAAAAAGUAGCAUCCAUUUUUAGGAUUCAGUGUACUAGAGGCUGAAAAGGAAAACAGCAGGCAUCUGUCCUUCCCCUGACAAGCUUACAGUGUUACUCUAAGGAGGAGAACUGAGACAUGUGGAAAGGCAAGGGGAAAAAGCAGUUAAAGUACUUGCGGUUUCAUAUAUGCACCCUGUUUAAUUUUGUAUGUUAAUUUAACAACAGUGGCUGACACUGCUGUUUUUAAACAAAAUAGUAAAUUCAGCUGUCCCUCAUUUACACAAAGCCAAAUUAUGUUCCUCUCAGUCAUUGCCGUGGGUGCUCCUAUGCUAUCCUGCUUUAAAGGCCCUGGAUCACUGAAGGCAAAUACCCAGUAGGAUGCUAGUUUUCAGAGCUGUAUGUAUCCUGCAGAUGGGAGCUCACAAGCCAGUUUGCUGGCUGGAAACUUAUGCAUGGAUCUUGACAAUGGAACAUAUUUAUACAGAGUUCUGGUAUGCUCUCUAGCACGUUUGAUGUUUUGCUUCAGGCUCUGGAUACUUCGAGAAAUCCUGCUCUACAGCCACAGUCCAUACCCUCGUGAAAUACCUAGCUGCUUGCACAUUGUUUCUGACUCUUGUGAUGGAGAGACACUACUUGCCCCACCUGCAUCAUGAGACUUGUACUGUAAGCACCUUGAUACCAAAGCAGGAGAGCCUGCAGUGCAUUUACAGAGUAAAUUGCAGAGUGAGAAUAAAGUAAAUGGCUCUUGUGUUUUUUCUGAGGUUUUUAUUUUUUAAGAAUCAAGUUUCUGUGGCAGAAAUUUUUGGGAGAACCUGUUUUGAGAUUACAAGCACACAUUUUUCAAAAUCAUCGUCUUCAUAAUCUGUUUAGAACACAGCUUUCACUGCCUUCCACUGCAGCUGCAGGCACUAAGUAUUUCUGCAAAUCACUCCUUGUAGACCUAUGCCAAGGACCUGGAAAAUUAAUGACCUCUCCUGUAGUGUUCAAUUUAAGUGACACAGAGAUCUCUAGUAGAAUCUGAGUUCUCUAGGACAGUAUUCAGUUAUCGUAUUCAAAAGAUUGGUUUCUGAAUGACUAAAGGGCUUGUGGAAUAAGUAAUCAAGAAAGUGGCCAAAUUUGCAUAGAGUUUACGGGAAUGACAGCUCUACCACUAUCCCCGUCGGAUUUCAAGUCUCCAUCCCAAAGUACAGGGGUUCAAAACUCUAAGAAAAGGAAAAGUAGGAAAAGUCUGCCAGAAUCUUUUGACACAGACAAAACUUUUUUUACAUUAGAGCCAUUUCAAAAAAAUAAGGGUUACUGUUUUGAAUGAAUAAAAAGUGAAGAAACAAAAUGCUGAAGCAGACACUAAAUUGUAAAAUUUCAACCCAAACAAUGGCAGUUCGGCAAAGUCAUAAGUUGUCUGGUGUAGAGGAGUUUGUCUUACAAUUGCAAGUGUUUGGCAGCGUGGUGAAAUGUGAUCCUACUCAUUCUGCCAAUAGCAAAAUAUGCUGGAUUUGAGUUAGCAUUUGUACCUACUGACAGCAGCGUUGAUUCUUGUGUAAAUUAACUGAGGGUUUUUCCUGCUUUCAAAUCAAGGGUUGUUAGAGAACUGUCAUCACUGGUCUUACCAGCCCAAUCAAGGCCCAAGAUGACAAAUACUACUUUUAAUCAACCUGAUAAAUGCUGAUCAAAUUGUGUUUGCAUUUUAUUCAGUAAGAAUAAUUACACUUGUGUGCAUAUCAAAGCCUGGUGUUCUGUUUCUGACAGUGGUAAGACCAAAGGUGGGGUGAAAGGCACAGAAGCAGGGCGAGCAUGUAGGGAUAGCUUUCCCAGGGUGUUCUCCUGACCUUCAAUAAUUUGCUUGUCAAAGGCUUCCUGAGCCAGACAUGGUCGGUUUGUAUUUACUAACCCUCACUGUACUCUUUCCAUGAACUUUUUUCCUGUGACCUUUUGAGCCUUUGUAAACUCUUAAGUGUCUAUAAAAACCCUGUUGCAAGGAGUUCCAGAGCAGGAACGUGUGAAGAACAGGUACAUUUCCUUUUUGAGCCUGUGUCUUUGUCAUUUCAUUUCACAGCUCCAGCUCUUUUUUUGGAAGAGGCAGUAACUACCAGCCUGUUCAGCUUUGUCUGUCAGUCUCUAGCCACUUCAGUGCAGUUAUACCUGCAUGCCGUUCAGUUGCAUCUCCCUUAUACAUGUUUAUUGAUUCUUUCAGAGAACUCCAUUUGCUUCGUAGAGCUUGAUUUCCUUUUCUGAAAGUUGCGUUACCUCUUCACCAAUAUGUUGUGUUUGUUCACGUCCCCCCCACUGCCCCGUUGUUAUUCAAGUUUGUGCUGACAUGCCUAAUGUAGGUGUCAAGCUUAAUAUCUGUAGUACUUUGGUGGACAUUGGGAAUUGUUAGGAAAGAAAUGAAACAGGCAGCAAACUGUGGUGUUUCCGUCUCCUGAAUACUGUACAAAAGAUGGGAGAAAAUACAAGACAAGAUGAUGAAUAUAAACAAAGUAGUGAAACAGCUUCCAUGCGAGGAAGGCCUGAGUAGGCUUAGGCUUUUCAGCCUGGUAAGAGACUACAAAAGGGAGAAUAGAAUAGAGGUUUCAUAUCACAGACGGGAUCAUAAAGGAAUCAUGAGUGCCAGAGACGGGAUGAAGGAUGAGAAAAAUUAUUAACUGAGAGGAAAGAGAAACAGUGGGAGUUGGGUUCAGAACAAGCUAAAAGAAAGCUGUUGUGAAUAAAAUGCAAACUUAAGCUGUGGAACUCCUUGCUGUGGAAUGUUCUGAGUAAAACAACUUACAUGGGCACAAUAGGGGACUGCCAAAUUAGUGGAAAAGAGGACUAUUAAAUCUGUCUGGCACAGGAAGUCCCUAAGUCACAAAUGGUGGUACUUUCCCAAAAUACUACACGCUUGCCUUCCUCAUGAUCUGCUGUUACUGGAGCAAGGAUGCUGGACUGGAUGGGCUUCUGCUCUGACCUGCUAGGACCAUCACUGUGUUCCGAUGAGAAUUCAGGGACCCAGAACUGGAAAAAAUCAGCCUGGCUGAGCCAAAUGCCUUGCUGUCACAGAAACCCUGUCUGUGAACCUAUAUAGGUCCUAGUUGCACUUUUUCCUCUCUUCACAUCCCUAUCUUCUGACAUGUAAACUUAAAGACAGUGUUUUGUUGGCUAGGAACCUUUUUCAUUUCCAGCCUAAAAUUACUUAUUAUAAGCUUACACUUAUUCUUUAUGCCAGCCCCGCUGAUUGUCUCAUUGGUGUACUUACUGAGCCUUUUUUUUUGUAAGGUGUUUUGUUGUGCUAUCCCAAAUAAAGUUUUUGUGAAUAUGUAUUACCAGAUUUAUACAUGGUGUUCCCAGCAAGAUCUUGGGAAUCCGCUAUAGUGGCAUCUGUAUGUCCCUUUCUGCACUGGAAAUACAGAUGCUUUUUUGAAUCACUAUAUUUUCUUUCUUCUGAACCAGCUCUCUUAAGUGACUUUUACUAGCUGCUUAUAGGGUGGUUAUAGACAAACUUUUUCCUUCUCUGCUACUUCCAACUAAUGAGUUGUCACUUCUAAGCAGAAACUGCUAGUCGCUAAGUGCAUUACUCUGUCCUUUGUUGUUACUUUUCAUCUCGUUUCUGUUGCAGCUGUCCUUAAGAUUUGUUGCAGUUUUUUCUUUUGUGUUGUUUCAGUCUGCACUGUACUUCUGGUACCCCCUAGUUUUGUAUUUUCCACAUGUUUUGGUAGUGCUCACUUAAAGGCAUAAAAAAAUUCUAAAUGAAAAUGUUGAAUCAAAAAUACUGAAGACUAAUCUUGGCAGAAGUCCAUAAAUAACAUCCUUCCACCUUUCAGAAAGAAAUCUGUUGUCAUCUCUUCUUGAUCUGCUGCUUUUCCUGCCAUACUAUUCUUGAACUAACCCCUCUCUUCUCAGCUCAACAAACUACUGCUCAAGUGGUAGUAUAUCAGAUUUCUUACUGAGUGAGACUAGAACUGUUGUGCUUCCCUUAUAUAAAGAUUAUUUUGUCAUGUUGAAGAAAAAUUGGAUGUUUGACAUGGUUCAACUUUUUAAAAUUGUGUUACGUUUUAUUUGAUUUUCUCUUUACCUUUAUGUUUUCAUACUUUCUUUGAAAACAUGCUCCAAGCAAGAGCAAAUUGUGUGUCCAGGUAACUUUUCUUCAUCUUUCCUCAAUAUUGAAAUGAGGCAAAAAGUACUUAUUUGGAUUUGAUGCUGUUCUGAGACUCUUCCAUCUCAUCACAUGGCAGCCAUGCUUCCUGUUAAAUCAGAAGAUGGAAUUUCAAUAUGAAAGGUAAUGUUAUAUAAGUAUGGUAGAUACUUCUUUAAAUUCACCUUUCAGAAGCCCCUGUGUUGGUCUCUGUGGUUGGUAGCCAUCUCUGGUGCAGAGGACUGUAAACUUCUACCUUAUUUUCAUUGUAGUGAGAAUAGUGAGUUGAAACGGUUCCCCAGUGCUUCUCUCUGUUGUGACUGUAGAUGUUUGGUAGACUUCGUUCUGACCAAGUUUAUUCAAGGAAAUGCAUGCACUGCCAAUAAAAUGAACUUAGUAAUUUAGCACCUCUCAUCACCCCUGCUAAGGUGACAGCAUCUCACAGUGCCACGGUACUCCAUUAGUCUGUUUGUGCUCAGUCUGUUCUGCCAGGUUGGUUCCCCUCACCGUCGUCUUGGAUGUUGGGUCUGCAAGAUGGAGACUGUGCCAAAUCCCCUUGUUUAGCAGGGUGCUGAAAUUUCUGCCGUUCCUGACUCAGAACAGCUGCUCAAUCUGGUUAGUGCCAAGACACCAUAGGAAAUCUGUGGGUGCAGUUUCUCAGUGAUUUGCAGUUUGGGCUAGAGUUGUGGGAAUCCCAGCCUGCUCAUCCCUGUGCCUGAAAUGGCUCUUCUCUGCCUCCUCUUGUGCUGGCACUAAGACGACCAAAGACUUAGACUGCACAGAAAUGGUUGGCAUUUUUUCUGUAAGGUUAAUUUGACAUUUUAUCUCUCUAGGGUUAAUAUGACUGGUUUAGCUGUCCGGUACAUUGUGUGGCCAGACAAGCACCAGUGCGAGAAGGAAAGGGAGAGAGGAAGAAGCGCCGUACCUUGAACUGUUUCAGUGUGGAGGCACGCUCAAAAUAACUGAGCUCUGGACAGGCUGACAGAGUGCUGUCCUGUGCUCUGUUCAACAUGACAGCUGGACAGACGUGUCCAUCUCCAAUCCCAAAGCGUUAGCCAAGGUGCUGUGUCAGAGCUGUUACCCCCUGCCUCUGAGCUGCUCCUGAGCACUUGAGCCUGGCACUGCUUUUGCCACACAGCCUGGCCUCCAGCGAGGAGGUGGCUUGUGUCCAGCCAGCUCGGAGUGUUGGCUGGGCAUGGUUGCCUCUGCCUAUGGUCAACCCAGUAAACAGGGCACUUGCUUAGGUGAAGUUACCUAAUUCUGGAGAUGGCUGCUUUGCUUUUGGGAUUCAUCAUCCAGAGAUGAGAAGGUAACUGCUGAAGCUGCUUGCCAAAGCAGCUAUCAAAUCUGAUGAGGGAUCAGGCCUUGAGGUUAACUGGCAGCAAUUAUCUGUACCAUAGCUAUAUCCAUGCUGAGUGAUUCCUCAGUGUUUUGUUUUGUGUUGGUUUUGUUGUUUGUUUUUUUUUAAAAAAAAAACAAACAAACCAAAAAAACCCCAACAGUGCUGGUUUCUGUGGUGCCUGUAAUUCAAAGGAAGUAUCAGCCCUCGUCUUUGCAAAUACAGCAUUUUGGCUAAGAACCUUAAAGUUUUGGUGACAACUGUGGUAAUGAUGGGACUGAAAUACAGAUGCCUGACAUCUCAUGUUCCCAUUUGGGAUACAGGCUCCUCUGCAAGUACCCCCCUGCUUUGAUAAGGAAACUAAUUAUUUCAGAAAGGGAAAUGUUGAAAUCAUCAGGACGUUGUACCUGCUAUGGUAGCAUUGCGUCGUUUUUCUUAGCCAUUACUUCACAUAACCCUAACUCUUUUUGAUAAUUUUGUACCCGGCCCUUUAGCAGAUGUUUCCCUCCAGCACUAGUCCUGGUGGCAGCUUGUGCUAACUGACGGGGCUGGGAGAAUGUGAUAUGUUUCGGGAGAGGGAUGGAAGAUUAUCAUCGCUACAAGUCAGAAAUAAGUGUGUUGUGUGUGGUCGAUGAUAUCUAACAAGUGUGGUUUAGUAAGAUGAGCUUCCAGCUCUCUCUGCAGGAGAAGGGGAUGCAUACCUUUCUUUACUCCAGCAGAUUUCUGUGAUAUGAUAGGAGUCCGGAAAGAAAUGUAAUUUCUACAGCCAAGUUCCUAUGUGUUACUUUUUCAUGUGUUCUUAAUGAUAGAAAGCUUGGGUGGGUGCCGUGCUGUCAGACUGUAUUACCCAGCGUUAGCUGGUCAUGAAUCCAUGCUUCGUGUUCACAAGUAUUUAUUUUUUCGUAAAGACUGCUCGUUUGUGCAGUUCCAAACGCUGAUGGCACGGCCACGAGUCUCCACAUCUCCCUUGCCUGCCCUCUUUUACUCAGAUUUGGGUAAGCAGGGCAGUUGCAGUUUGAAAUUUGUAGUUGUAACAUUAUCUCUUAGAAGUAAAGAAAAAAAUCCUGCUAAAACAAGUAGUGUAGACCACACUAGAUCUGCUUCAGAUAAGUCUGUCCAUUAUUGUGUGCAAUUAGACCAAGUAUUUUAAAGGAUUAGUAAAUAUUAUAUUUUAAGAGAUUGGUUAGUGGUAGGAAGUAAGGCUGCUAGUGAAAUUUUUCUUCUAGAGUCCAAAUGCAAAGAUCUCUUAUUAAAAUUUAUCCAGUUGUUUAGCUUUUCUUAACAGAAAGUUCAUAGGUCAUAGAAACAAGUGCGGUAUGAAAUUUCAAACCCAAUAGUCACCUGCUUUUAAAGAAAAACAGUAAUAUUCCCUCAUUUUAGAAGUCAGCACAGUUAUUUAACUACUGCUUUGUGCUGUCAAAAUAUGCCCCUGUUGUUUACAUUCAUGUGUAUUCUAAACUGUUUUGAUUUUUGUUUUGUUAAUUUUAUUUUUAGCUGUAGAAGCCUGUACAGGCUCGCAAGGAUUUCAUUGGCAUGCUUUCUUGCCACUUUUUCCUAAGAAAAGGUGACCAUACCAAGGCUGUGAAUAAUCCUCUCUGUAUUCAAAUCUGUUGGACAGUGAGUGUUGCCUUGCAAUUUCUUGACACUGCUGCUUUGCCUCUGCUUUGCUUCAUUUCACUUUUUAGGCCCCCUUCUCCUCUUCACGGGAUUCUCUGUUUUGGGGAUUUUUUUACCAACUUGUCACCUGCCAGAUAAGGGCGGGGGGGGCGGAACAGGGGGAAGAGAUUGGUUUCUUGUAACUGUUCUAUUGAGAGCACCUUGUUGUUCUAAUCCACCUAUAAUUUGUCUCUGCUUCCUCUUCCUUUAAUCUCCUUUUGCCCCUAUCUCCAAACCUCCUCACCUUCAUCGUCAUGACUCCUCCCUCCCCAAUCUUUGGUUUUGGAAGAAGCUGGGAGGAGUGGUUAGAUGCCAGAAGAGCUCAGUUAUUACUUACACAGGGAAACUUCAUCCUGUCCAACAAGUAUGCUAUUCGUAGCCUUGAGGGAUAUAUCUAAAGGGCACAGAGUUUCCACUCAAAAUUUAAGUAGAUUAGAUUAUGUAUACAUAUUUGUUGUGACUUGGCAGGUAUCCCAGUGCCCGAGGUCUUAAAACAUAUACUUUGCUAUACUUGAGGCAAGCUCAACUGCAUGUUUCAAAAGAUGCUCUGGAGAGAUGGGAGGCUGCUGUUUGGAGUUCACAAAAGUGUUAUCCUCUCUAGAUCUGAUAUGACACAGGAAUUCUGACUACUGUUCUGUCUAGUCCUGUAUUUUGUCUUGAUACUAGCUGCUAUCAGAUGUUUCAAGGGGUGGUAUAACUGUAAGACACAGAGGGGAAGUUCCUCUCUUUUUUACGUCUCUGCUGGUUUGGAUUUUGUCCUGAAAAAAAGAGGGUUAGUAUUUUUUUCUGAAGCCCUCUUGAAAUCGUGCUAUAAUUCUGGAUGAUACAAUUACCUGUGUAAGUCUUGUCUGUCUACCUGUAUGUUACCUUCUGGCAGUAAAUCUCACAGGCUAAUAGUUUGCUGUUACAAAAUAUAGUAUGCUAUACUAUAGUAUAUUAUUAGUUUAAAAUUUGCUAUGCUGUGGUUUUAUUGAACGUCUCUCACUGUCGUAAGAACAGAUGAAACCAUCUGAGCAAGUUACUCUACUGCUAAUUAUUUUAAUAGUUUUAUCUUGUAAUCUUGUUUAAAAAAAAACCAUAAAAAUUGCAGCCCCAAAAUUCAGGUGCUGCAGAUAUGCUGGAGGGAACCGUGAAGUUAAAACAGCUGUAUUUUAUGAAAUACUGUUUGGUAUGGCACUUUUCCUUAUAAGGCCCAAUGACCAAUUGUUUUGAUUAUUUAGAAGGAAAAAAUUCCAUGAGAACUGUUACUGAAAAUGACUAACUUGGCAUUAGUGAUCUGUCUCUCUGUUACAGCAUUUGAUGCAAUACUGAAGUUAAUUAAGAUAGCUGAAAUAUCCAGUUAGCCACUCAGUGCUUCAGCUGUUCAUAUGUGACCUGUUUAUUACAUUUUCUUGUAAAUUGCUAAUAAUAUCUGUAAAUAAAUACUACUCCUGUUUGUAGUGGUGGCUUCUUAACAUCCAGGCCUUUGUAAAUAAAGAACAGUCUGCGUAUCUAGUAGAAAGCUCAAACACUUGAUUUGCAGUGCACAGUGACCUAUAGGCUUUUGCGGCGAGGAGCUGAAGUGAUUCCUCAGGUUUUGCCAUUAGAGCAGUGAAACCUUUGAAGGAGGAGCAUGGUGCUGCGAAUGCUGAUGGACGGUGGGGUAUCUGCAAGAGCGGAGUGGCUAGGGCUGCUCAUUAGAAACUAGGGAUGGUCGGGUCAGGUUGCAAGAGAAGGGCAUACUGAACAGAGAGGUAGGCUGGAUUUAGUUAAGUGGGUGUGUUUCUUUGUUUAAGCAAGGAUUGGAGGUUGAUAAAAAUGCACUAUCUGAGAUGCAGUAGAUAGGAGCUGCAUUUGCUCAAAAUUGCACAGGGGUACGUGAGAGAGAUGGGACCAGGACUUAGCAGAUCUGAAAUGUAUGUCCACCGGACCCGUUCUUUUGGCAUCCCAGUGGCUUAGAGAAGAUAUGCUUGAAAACAGUUACUACAGUUGCUCAAACCCGUUUGUUUUAUCUAUUAGUCUCUUAAAAAGCAAAGGAUGAGGAAUAUUCUAUUGUGUGGAUUUUUUUUACCUGCUGCAUGAUAUUCUUCCCGUAUGUUGAAAAAAAGAUUUGCCCUAACAAACAGAAACUGCAUGCAAAAUUUACUGCAUUUUCCUAUUUUACUUCUGGUUUGCUUUUCUAAGUGUAGAAACAUAGGAUUCACUCAAGCAGAUAAUAGGUAGAAUUGUCCCUUUGUGAACCUUAAAAUGGAGGUAGUGAGAAAGAAUGUCUAGGCCGCUGAUCACUGGGAAAUAAUUAACAAAAACAAUUUACUGUGGCUUAGUCCACAGUAGGGUGUUACCUUGAACACACUUCAGUUCCUCUUACAGCAUCAUGUGUCCAUGCUGUACUUAAUUCUAAAAGUUAUAUCAAACAGGACUACUUACUGCAGUAAGUGCAGUAAAUGCUUGUUGCAGUGAGUUAGUUUCCACUCUAAGGUUUCUUUGGGUUCAUUGCUUAUAAUGUGCUGGAGUUUGUAUUUCUUCCACGUGCUUCACUACCCGUGUCCUCCUUUACUCCAGGAUUGUCCUGACUGGAGGUAAAUGCUCCAUAGGUGUUGGCAGGUAGCCAAGAGUGCUGCUUUUUGUGGUGGGGGUUGUUAGAAAGAUGGUUGUAACAAUUGAUUAGUUCUGAAGAGUCUGCCAAGGCUCUGGUGGCCUCCGGUUCAUGUAUGUCUGACCCUACUUGGAUACAAAUUGUUAUGGGAUGGACAGGUACAGGUCUCUGCCCACAUACACGAAAGCGAGAGAGCACACCUGGACCUGGCCUCGGGGAUGAAUCAACACAAAGGACUACAAAGGAUGUAGCAGAAGACAAAGAAACACAACAGGAUUCUUGAUCAGUGCCCUCAUACGUGCUCUGGGCUGUGGUUUUGCAAGUGACAUUUCCACUGAAUCCAAGAGUGACUUAUUCCCCAACCCCCCCACCCUGGGAUGGUGCACAGUGCCACAGCAGAGGCCCGAGGUAACAGGGUAAAAACCCAGCAAAUAAAGGUCAGUAGCCUCACCUAUGCCAUAGUGUCCAGCUGGGCCUGGGCCUGCUGCAAGCACUGUGACUCAUCAGAUGUGAACAAUACCCAAGAAACAGCUACAGGAUCCUGCAGAGGCUGGAGGAGGAAGCCGAUCCACACAUAAAAAAGCUGCAGCCCAUAUGAAGAGGGGAAUUAUUAGCUAAAAGAUAGCCAUCAGAUUUCAGAAGAUAAACGAAAGGUGGAUCUGAACCUUGAAAUUGUCAGCUCAGCUCAGCAGGAGGUUGCAAAGGCAGAGUGGUGAAAGGAGGGUUUCCUGGAGAACUCCCUGAAGAUUGAAAUGGAUUAUGCGAUUCUGGAAGGGGACAAGAAACGGGCAAUACAAAGGUGCUAAACAUAAACAGUUGUAAGAAAACACUGGCCAAACACUUUACCUCCAACACCCUGUAAAAUAUAGAAGAUGUUCCAUAUUGAGACCACCAUAUCAGUUGGGCUAAUUAGAAAUGUUGCCUGACAGCAUUCAGGAUCUUGUGUGCAUCAUCUAGAGGAGCACUCCUUGCGUGACCUACUUUGUUUUUAAGGUCAUUAUUUUUUCAUUGAAAAAGCACCAUCAGCUAAAUCAGUAAAUAAAUCCAUUUUCUAAAUGCCUGUCUGAAAAAUAAUUGAACACACAACUAUUGUAAAACUCAUCUCUUCAUAACUUUUUAAAAAUAAAAUUGAACUAAAACAUACCUUUUGAUUGCAAAUUUUUUGCUAGCCUACAGCUACUUUCCCAAAGUGUGAAAGGAGCUCAAGCAUCUUGUUGGAGAGCACUUGGAGAAAUACGUUCUCCGGGACUCACAAAAACAUCUCCAUUUCAUGUUUCCAUCUGCCCUCCAGGAUUUUUUCGCAUAAUACGCAUGAAACAUUGAUGCAUACCAUACAGUCAUAAGACUAUUUUUAUUCCAUCUUUUUUGUCACCAUCUUCCUUCCACCUUUCUAGAAGUCUGCCCCACUGUCAGUCUGCAGCUGUUCAAGGCAAAGCCUUGCAUGUGUUUUUCUCCCAUCACUUAAUGUAGGCUUGGAAAUCAGGGAAGCAGAGCCUACUAAGAUUACUUUAAAAAAAAAAAAAAAAAAAAAAAAAAAAGAGGAGAGCUCUUAAAUGCCCUGGUGUCUUGGACAGUGGAGAACAAAAGUUCAAAAGUUACCUUGCAGGACACAGGUCUUUCAUCACAGACCACCCAUUAUUAGUGGUGGUGAAUGCUUACUGUGAUAAACUGUGUCCAGCAGGACUGUGAAGGAAUAUGCCAUUGUUUUGAUAAAGUCUGAAGCUUGUGUGGUUGGAAGGUGGAGCUGGGGUAGAGUAGGGCAACAGGUACGCGUCUCGCCGCCUGCUGCUGUGCCAGUAGGGAACCCUAUCCCUUCAAAGCUAUCCGUAACCUCCUGUGCAUUGACAGACAUGGAGAAACCUCCUCGUGCUGCUGCCAGCCUUCCUGACUUGGUUGCCCCGCCAAUAACAAGCUGAUUACCUUGUGAUUUAAUGGUAAAAUUGUUUGGUGACUGCAUCAUUAUGACACUUCAUCAGGCUGAUGGGAGCUCCCAAAUUGGUUUUCUGUUGGUGUGACUUCAGGUCAGAAUCUGUGUGGACUUCCGGCAGGUUCUGCCUGUGCUGCCUGAAACUAGGAGUUGCUGCCAGUCACCUGAAUCCAAAACUUGUACUCCAGGUGACUGUUGUCGUUACUAACUGCCUGGCUUCAUCUCCCUCUGCUGUGUUCAACUGUGUAGCCCUAAAUUAUGCACGACUGCUUUUAAUUGUUCAUUAAUCUGACAUCACAUCUCAGAAUUGUUAAGAUGUGCAUCCCAAAAUGCGUUGCAUGACAAACUGAAGCAGAGCACUGUAAAUGAACCACUCAACACGCCAAAUGGGAGAUGGGAACAAAUGCAGAGCUAUGUACUUACCUCAUUAACAAGGAUGUUCUCAUAGCAAAAUGGCACGCAAACACUCUGUGAAGUCACUGUAAUCAGAGUAAGCUGAUUAGGUGUGUGCUAACAUUAUUCCAUAGACAAAGCUGCUACCUAUGAGCAGAGUCAGAAAUACGUUUAGUGCCUACGCUGUGCAGGUUCUGAAAGGCUCACUGAUUGCAGCUUUGAAGAGGGAUUUGCUUUGGUAUUACCCUAAAGUAUUCUGCAUCUUUAGUUACCCCUUCCUAAGGCUUUUGUGGUUUAGCUCAUAAGGUCAUUGAUACAAUCAUCCAGCAUCACAGCUGUAGCAGUAGUAGCAAAGGCCAUCAUGACUAAAUGUGGCACUUGCUAUUUAAUGUAAGGUUACAAUAAUUAUGAAGUAUUUUCUUUUCAGAUAGAACAGCAGUUCCUCAACUGCAGAGUGUAUUGGAAGAUUAGUGGCUGUUUGGAAAUUGGGCACUCUUUCUUACUUGUUCCCUUUCUUUUGGGGGCUGGGAGGCAGAGGAGACGGGGCAACCAGGAUCAGCAUUUUAAUUGGAAUAGCUGCAAUAAAUCGUACGAAAAUCCAAGGUUACAAAUAAAAUAAUGCUAAACCCUGUCACAGUUUUUGCUCCCAGGCAACGUUGUUCAGGCAGCAUGAUUCAGGCAGGACUGGGUUUCUGCUAUGCUCUUUGGACAACUUUGUAGAGUUACUACCUACACCCAGGAUGCAGCGUAUGUACUGGGAAGACUACCCUUUCUCUCAAUUACUUUAUUUCUGUCCUUCACGUGUUGUCAUUUUGUCCCAAAUGUGAGCCUCCCAACCAUCUAACCUAACCUCAUGAGGCAAAUCUAAUGCUCCUGUGAAGGGUCUUGUCCUAUUACAGUCACUUCAGCUUCUAUGUGGUAUUGCAAUUUUUCAAGCACUUCUUCCCAGCACCUUCCCUUCUUAUUUGAGCUUGUUUUAGCAAGAUGGGUAAGUAUAUUCCUUUUAUUUAUUUAUGGUUUUUUUAGUAGCAGACAGAAAUUGAGGUAGGGUAGAGGAUUUCUUCAAGCCCAAACAAUGAAUCACUGGUUGGAUUAUUGUAGUCCCAUGUUUUCUGACUUCUAGUCCAUGCUUAUUUUACAGACUUUGCUAUUUAAAACCUGUCCCUGCCUUCUGGCGAUUCCUUUGUGCUGUCUGCCUAGCAGACCUUCAGGUGAAAUUACUGAGCUCUUUGACCAGUAAAAAUGGGAAGUACUGGAUUCUGGUUUCCUCCAAGAAGAGUCAGCGGAACUGGUUAAGACCAAAAUCUGAGGACUUUAGUGGGCAAACAUCAGUCCCCUUUUGCUUUCUUUUACGACCACAUGAAACUUGAGAAGCCAUCUAAAGCUAAAUCAUUUAGUGGAGUUGGGCAAUUCCCAAGUGUCCAACAAGAAGGCCUGGUUUAGGCUGCGAUGGCCACUGUCAUUCCUGGUGAUUUGUCAGAAGUAAGAGAUACCCAGAAAGUCCCUUCAGGGAAACGUAAGCGUGGUGAAACCAAACCAAGAAAAAACUUUCCUUGCCAACUGUGUGACAAGGCCUUUAACAGUGUUGAGAAAUUAAAGGUUCACUCAUACUCUCACACAGGAGAGAGGCCCUACAAGUGCACACAACAAGACUGCACCAAGGCCUUUGUUUCUAAGUACAAAUUACUAAGGCAUAUGGCUACUCAUUCUCCUGAGAAAACCCACAAGUGUAAUUAUUGUGAGAAAAUGUUUCACCGAAAAGAUCACCUAAAGAAUCACCUACAUACACACAAUCCCAACAAAGAGGCCUUUAAGUGUGAAGAAUGUGGAAAGAACUACAAUACCAAGCUUGGGUUCAAACGUCACCUGGCUUUGCAUGCUGCAACAAGCGGUGACCUCACCUGUAAGGUAUGUUUGCAGACUUUUGAAAGCACAGGAGUGCUGCUGGAGCACCUAAAAACUCACGCAGGCAAGUCAUCGGGUGGAGUGAAGGAGAAAAAACACCAGUGUGAACACUGUGAUCGUCGGUUCUACACCCGAAAGGAUGUCCGUAGACACAUGGUAGUGCACACUGGAAGAAAGGACUUCCUCUGUCAGUACUGUGCACAGAGAUUUGGGCGGAAGGAUCACCUCACACGCCACAUGAAGAAAAGUCACAACCAAGAACUUUUGAAGGUCAAAACAGAGCCAAUGGACCUUCUAGAUCCCUUUACCUGCAAUGUUUCUGUGCCUAUUAAGGAUGAGCUGCUUCCAGUGAUGUCUUUACCUUCCAGUGAACUGACAUCAAAGCCAUUUACAAACACUUUGCAAUUAAAUCUCUACAACACUCAGAUUCAGUCCAUGCAGAGUUCUGCAUCUGCACACCAAAUGGUUGCCACAUCGUUACCAUUGGGAAUGCCUUGUCCAAUAGAUAUGGAGUCUGUCCACCCUUCUCACCAGCUAUCAUUGAAAUAUCCGCUCGGUACUACCUCAUACGCAAUUUCUAUGCCUGAAAAAGAACAGCCAUUGAAAGGGGAAAUCGAAAGUUACUUAAUGGAGUUGCAAAGUGGUAUGCCUUCUUCAUCCCAGGAUUCUCAAGCAUCUUCAUCAAAACUAGGGCUGGAUCCACAAGUAGGGCCACUAGAUGAUGGGUCUGGGGAGGUUUCCCUUUCCAAGGGCUCCGUUCCUAUUAGUGAACCUCUAAACACCCCAUCAUUGGACUUUUCACAGCUGUUCAACUUCAUACCUGUAAACGGCCCUCCCUAUAAUCCUUCUGUUUCAGUGGGAAACCUCGGAAUGAGUUAUACGCAAGAGGAGGCACAUUCUUCUAUGACUCAGCUUCCACCACAAACCCAGGAUCCACAAGAUCCUAGCAAUAGUAUAGGUCUUGGGUCUCUGCACUCAUUGUCAGCAGCUUUCACAAGCAGUCUAAGCACAACCACCACCCUACCACGAUUUCAUCAAGCUUUCCAAUAGGAUGUACAAAGCUGGCUUGUUACUGUCUAUUUGUAGAAAUGCCUUAGGUGACCAUUUUUAACUUAGUGCCUACUAUAAGACAUUAUAAAUUCUCUGCUUUUGUACAGUACCAAUCUCAUGAAGCCAGUAAGAAAUUUAAAUUAACUUUUUAAAAAUGUUUUGAAAGUGUUUAUUCUCAGCUGUGUUUACUUUGGUUUUUUUUUUAAAAAAAACAGUCUCAUUGUAUUGUUUUCAUUUUCACUGCCAAUUGACACACUUCAAAUGUUCAGUGGAAAGUCAUCCCAAACAAACUCUCAACACUCAUCCCUUUCUUAAAACUUUUUCAACCACACCAGCUAUUCUGUUUUAUUGAUGUCAGUGGUGGAACUACCGCUUUUAUCUUUGAAUAUAUUUUAGUAUUUGCAAAGAUUCCAGUUAAAAUAAGUAUCACAAAGGUUCCUGAAGAUUUGGGAAAAAAAUUCUCCAGUCCCUUUCCAAACAAAUCCUCUUCCCAAAUGGUGACACAUCUGAUCUGUUCUAUAAUGACAAAUCAAAAAUUUUUAAAUAAAUAUAGAAUUCAGAUUUUUCUGAAAACUUGUGUGUGUAUAUAUAGGAGUCCAUAUAUACACAUGUACAUAUAUAUAGCAUUUUGACUUGUAUUGAAGUCAUUAUAAAAGGUGUUAAGAAUUUUGCCAUUUUCUGGCUUAAAUUUUCGUGGCCUGUUAUUGAUAACGGAAGAAAAAAAUUUAGUUUAAUACUCUAAAAUCAUGGCUGAACAGAAUUUCAACAGAGAAUCUCUGCUUGCCUAAAUGACAAAUGUUUCUAGUUGAAUUUGGAACUGUGUUGUUGUGCUUUCAUGACUCUGGUAGAGGGAAACAGGCGAAAUUAAUGGCUGAUCUUGAAAUAUAAAAGUGUUGUAAUUUAGUAAUGCAGAAUAUUUUGUCGCAGUUUUUGUUUUAAUUCUUAACUUGCUGUUUUUUCUCUUUAGUAGCAUAGAAAGAGUACUGCAUAGGAAUCUUCCAGUAGUGUAUUCACAUUUGUAGGCAUCAGUCUUCUCCCAGCUGCCACCGCCACAGGGUGGAUCAAGUCCAGCCAGAAAGUGUGUAUCUAUUUUCAGUUCAAUACUAGUGUGCAGUCAGAGAGUGAAUGUAAAUUUGAAAAUACCAGGUUUUGUUUUGUUUUGUUUUGUUUUUUUUAUUGGAAUGAUCUUUUCAGUUGUGUUACAUGGUGUGUUAUGUCCUCCUAAGCAACAAGUUAGAUGUUAAUCACACUUUCUACACCUGGGUACUUGGUUAGGGACUUUUUGCCCAUUGCCAAGAUUUAAAGACAGGACUCUUAGGAGUGAAGUAAAAGCAUAUUGCUUACACCACUUUUACCUAAUGCAAUAUAUUGUAUUCCCCAACCCCUAAUAACCAAAAGAGGAAAAAAAAAAAAACCCCAACCCUGUGAUACAUGAAAGCAAACUAGAUUUGCUGUAAUU